GCGUUUCGGUAUCAGGGGUUUCCUAAAAGUUUCUUUCAGAUCAGGAGGUGCCGCGACACCGCAUGGGCAACGGCCUGCUUUUUUCGUUUUUCGGGCGGCAACGAAGACGCCGCGUCGGAGCGACUAUUUCCAGUCAGGCACUGAGCAGGACAGCCCCGGCCGUGUGGGCGGGGCCAGGAGAGAGCAAGAUGGCAGCCUCCUUGUGGCUGCCCAAGUGCUGCAGAGGAACAGCCCAGUUGCUAGGCAGGCAUGUCGCGCGAGGGGCUCUGGGCUCUGCCCCGCAUGUGGGGGGCUGGAAAUUUCUCCACAGGACCCUGGAGCUGUUGGGUACUCCUGGUAUUAAAAUCCUUAUGCCUGCACUGUCGCCUACAAUGGAAGAAGGGAAUAUCGUGAAAUGGUUGAAGAAGGAAGGAGAAACUGUAAAUGUUGGUGACGCAUUAUGUGAAAUUGAAACGGAUAAAGCAGUGGUUACUAUGGAAUCAAGUGAUGAUGGCAUAUUUGCUAAAAUAAUGGUAGAGGAAGGAAGUAAAAAUGUGCGUUUAGGUUCAUUGAUUGCUUUGCUGGUAGAAGAAGGGCAAGACUGGAAGCAAGUUGAAAUACCAAGUGACAUUAGUGAAGCACCUUCCUUGUCUGUGCCAGCAGCAGCAAAAACAACUCCUACAGCUGUUGUAUCAUCUGUGCAUAAAACAGAACUCCACCCUGGAAAACUACAGUUUCGCUUAAGUCCUGCUGCUCGAAACAUUCUGGAGUCACAUGGACUUGAUGCAAGCCAUUGCACACCCUCAGGUCCUCGAGGAAUUUUCACUAAAGAGGAUGCCCUCAUGCUUUUGGAGCAGAAGCAGAAGGGGAAGCCUAUAGACACAAAGCCAGUAGCUUCUGCAGUUCUUCCACAACAAGCUGAAGUGCCUUCAACCCCACCAAGUGUGCCUGUUCCUCUUUCACAACCUCUGGUUCCAUCUGUUUCCAUGUCAGGGCGGCCAGCUUCCAUGGGCACAUUCACUGAAGUCCCUGCCAGCAACAUUAGAAGAGUUAUUGCUAAGAGAUUAACAGAAUCUAAAACUACUGUACCUCAUGCAUAUGCAACGACUGAUUGUGACCUUGGUGCUAUUUUGAAGCUAAGACAAGAGCUGGCAAAAGAUGAUAUUAAAGUUUCAGUAAAUGACUUCAUUAUCAAAGCAACAGCAGUUGCCCUCAAGCAAAUGCCAGAUGUGAAUGUGACCUGGGAUGGUGAGGGCCCCCGGCAGCUGCAAUCUAUAGACAUCUCUAUUGCUGUGGCAACAGACCGAGGUCUCAUUACACCAAUCAUAAAAAAUGCCGCAGCCAAGGGAGUUCAGGAAAUUGCUGCUUUGGCAAAGGCACUAGCAAAGAAAGCAAGAGAUGGAAAAUUAUUACCAGAAGAAUACCAGGGAGGAUCUUUUAGCAUUUCAAAUCUAGGCAUGUUUGGCAUCAGUAGCUUCAUUGCUGUCAUAAAUCCUCCCCAAGCCUGCAUCUUGGCUGUGGGACGAAGCCGGCCAGAAUUGGCACUUGUGGUGGACGAGGAAGGGAAUGAGAAACUUCAGCAACAUCAGCUCAUGACCAUUACUCUGUCAAGCGAUGGACGAAUGGUAGAUGAUGAACUUGCUUCAAAAUUUCUCGAGAGGCUUAAGGCUAAUUUGGAGAACCCAGCCCGUCUUGCAUUGGGUUAAAAUGUCCAAGAUUUGGUCCUUGUCUUGGAAACUGGACUACAGAACUACGGUAACGAGCCACAAAAGAUAGUGAGACUUGUGUGAGAUAGACAAUUAAACUGCUUAUUUAUUUGAAUUGACUUGAAAGACAUCUAGAGGUUUACAUCUCCUGGUUUUUAUAUGCUGAAGACAUAUUUAAUCUGUAAAAGAGGACAUUUGCACAAUAUGCUGUCAUAUAUAGUGUGGUCAUAUCUGAUGUGUAUAUUGAUGUAAAGAACUGUAAACGGGAACAAAAUUCUCCUUUUCUUCAGGGCUAAACCUUUCCUCCCCAGAACAAAUACUCAAGAUAUUAUGUCUAGCCAGCCUUAGAAGUCAUUACUUAGUUGGGCUGUGUCAGUGAUACUGUUGUUUAAAAGAGAGAGUAUUGCUAAAACUAGGAUUCAAAUAUGAGAGUCUGGGAAGUUCAGAAGGAAUCCUUUAUGGUGGUUUUUUGCAUACCAUAUAUGUAACAGCUUUAAUGAUGUUAAAUUGUUAUAAAAAGUACAUUGUAUGCUAGAAUUAAGAACAAAUAGAAGUGAGGGAACUUGAGGGAAUGCAUAUAAAUAACUACUUCAUAACAGCUCAAUGACUUGAAUGCUCAUGGAUAUUGGCUUUAAAAUAUACAUUGUAUUAAAAACAAACACGUUUAAAAUUCAAA